AUGAAGCGACCAAACAGAAACGGCGACUUGGGUGAAACCCCGCCGAAUAAAAAAAAGGGAUCGAACACUUUGUACGAGACGAUGAUGAAUGCGUCGUCCCAUGCGAGCAUAAAGUAUGAUGAGAACGCCCUCGUGAGUAAGGAGGUGCCAGAUUUGAACGGCUCCAGUCGUUUCGUCUUCACCUUGUCGUCUACUGGGGUCAUUCCGCGCGAGGAGGUGGACGUCACGAAGAAAAUACUGAAGCUAUGCAAUCUGCGGGACGAGUUUAUAAAGCCGUUCGCCGACAUCGACACGACGUUGAUAGAAAAAAGAAGCCACUCGGAGGGCGGCGAACCGAAGGAGAAUGAAGACACCAAAUCGGAUGAGCCAAUUUACAACCCUAGCAAGGUGGUCCUUUUGGAGAAGUGUAACGCCUUCCUCAAUUUUGUGGACGGGAUUUUUUUCGUUCACUGGGACCCCCUGCUGAACGAUGGGCCGAAGAGCAGAGACCAAUGCUGCGAAGCGAACAAGCUACCAGAACACGCGGGUAUCAAGUCAACGGAGGAGUACCUAGCAGCCACCCAAGAAAUAAUGGUGGCCGUGCAAGACCCCGCCUGCAAAAGCUUCUGCUAUCAAAGGUUAAAAUAUCUGGAACAGAAAUUUGACUUCCAUCUUAUGUUUAAUGGGUCCCUAGAGUUACGUGAAACAGCUAACAUCAAACAUAGAGACUUCUACAACAUCAGGAAGGUGGAUGCCCACGUACAUCACUCAGCCUGCAUGCAGCAAAAGGUAUUGCUGCGGUUCAUUCGAGAGAAGUACAAAACGGAACCUAACACCGUAGUGUACAUGACCGAAAAGGGGAUUAAAAUGACCCUCAAGGAUAUUUUCGACCAAGAAUUAAAGACAUCUGCAUAUGAAGCAACCGUCGACACGUUAGCGGUUAGCGCGCUGGGAGGGUGCUUCCACAGGUUCGACCUCUUCAACGAUAAGUACAAUCCGUUCGGACAAAAAUUGUUACGAGAGAUUUUUCUCAAGACGGAUAACUACAUCCAGGGAAGGUACCUAGCCGAAAUUACAAAACAGGAGAUAAAAAAUUUAGAGAAAUCAAAAUAUCAACAUGUGGAGUGGCGUAUAUCUAUAUAUGGACAGAACCCAAAUGAAUGGAAAAAGCUAUCCAAAUGGGUUCUACAAAACAAUCUCUCCAGUGGUUCUGUACGUUGGAUUAUUCAAGUGCCAAGGCUUUACCAUAUAUAUAAAAAAAGAAGGUUAAUUAAUUCCUUUGCAGAUUUUCUAAGUAACAUAUUCCAGCCUUGUUUCGAAGCUGUCAAAUAUCCAAAACAGAACAAAGAGAUCUUUACCUUCCUCCAGCAAGUCGUUGGUUGGGACAGCGUUGAUGAUGAGUCCGCCAUUUCGAAGUAUACCUCCAGGGGUGGAGAGCUUCCUACUCCAGACAAAUACACCAGUGAUAAUAAUCCCCCCUACUCCUACUACGCAUACUAUAUGUACGUUAAUAUUAGGACGCUGAAUGACUUUCUGGUUAGUCGGCACCUGCGCCCCAUGGCUUUCAGACCCCAUUGCGGCGAAAUCGGAAACAUAAGCCACCUGGCCACCAUGUUCCUACUGGCCGACAGGAUUAACCACGGAAUAAAUUUGAGGAAAUCGCCCGUUUUGUUGUAUCUCUAUUAUUUGAAGCAGAUCGGGCUGGCCGUUUCGCCCCUGUCUAACAACGCCCUGUUUUUGCAGAUCGAAAAAAACCCGUUUAAGCGCUUCUUCAAAAUUGGUCUGAACGUGUCGCUGUCUACGGACGACCCUCUCAUGUUCCACUUCACGGAUGAGCCCCUGCUGGAGGAGUACUCCGUGUGCGCCCACAUAUGGAAGCUCAGCACCGUGGACUUAUGCGAACUAGCAAGGAACUCCGUCAUACAGAGCGGGUACGAACCAUCCUUGAAGAAGCACUGGUUGGGCACAGACACAACUAAUGGAGUGACAAAUUUUGAAAAUCACCCGGAGAAAACGAACAUACCCAACACGAGGAUGGCGUACAGGAAGAAUACCUUUGACGAAGAGAAUGAAAACAUUUGGAGGCUGGCGAAUUACGCAAGUGACGCAUGA